GACAAGUAACAUUUUUGAUCAUUAGUUAUGGGGAGUAAUGUGAUGAAAAUCGUUAUUUGUGUAGAAUUUCCCGGACCAAACUUAAAGUAACCCUACCUGAUUGGAAGACUGAAGCACCUGUGUGAACAGCGAGUAGGUGAAGAACCAUCGGAUAUCUGCGUUUCUCUAAAUUCCUCCGCCAUGCGCUUGGGAAUGAAAUGUCGCAAAUACGUCAGACCACCCCACAGACUCUGACUGAAGGUUACCCUGUGACAAACCUGACCCUAGUUGUCCUGUUGCUCAUUCCCUGCGUGGUUAUUCUUCUCCUGUUGAACUGUUUCUUCUUGGGCUACAAGAUCCUGGCCCUGUCAAAGAAGAGCAGCAGACAGAGGAGAGGGGACACGGAGGACAUGCUCCUGCGCUCCACCUUGCAAAGACUGAGAGUAUCCGACGUGGCCUUUUCCCCACUGGGGGACGGGAGGACAGCCUACAUGUCCCUGUCCGAGCCCGUCCUGUCCCACCCAGUCACUUCUUCAAGGGCCUCGUCCAGAGAUGGGGCCGGGUUGACCCACAGGAUCAGGCUGCUGAGGCCUGAUGGUGCGACUGGCUCUGGAUCCUUGAGGGCCCCCAGCACCAUCCGCGCCGCGUCCUCCGCGCAGGGCUUCACCCCCAGGCUCCCCAUCCCUCCCAGCUGCAGGAAGCCGGGCUGGUGUCAGAGCGCACCGCUUUUAUUGCGCUCCAGUGACUCAGAGGCUGAAACAAGAGUCAACCUGGUUCCACCAAACUCUCCCAUGCAUGAAAUGGAACAUAUGGAUCACAUUCGUAGGAGCAGUACUUAUGAAAAGCUGGCAGAAGCAAAGGAGGAGGCUCCUGUGCAUCCGUACGACAAGCUGGUAAUGGAGUGUGAAAACAUCAACCCAGCAUCAGAUAUAUCCAGUCUGAACACGUCAACCGUGGGUCCUGGACUGGACAGCGACUUCGGAGCAAGUGCAGGUGUCUCCCUGCGCAUUUUGUCAGCAGAUAGUGACGGCCUGUCCAACGGACUGCUGUCCUCAGCGCUAGAGUGGGAUUACUAUGACCCCUGUUACGUCAGACAAAAUAAUAUACCCAAACAUAACAACCACAGGCCUGUGAUGCACACAAAACAAUAUUGGGUAUAGCUAGUAGUUUUAUUCGUGUAUUUUUAUUUUAUUUUUUUUACUUUACACGUUUAUUCCACAUAAAAUACCAAUAUGAAUGUUUUAUUUAAAGUUUGUCUUAAAUGUAAUCACUUUAUUAAUCCACUGUAUUUUUGUUGUAGACAGCACUAUUGUCUUAAUGUUAACACCGAUUCUUCACUUAAGUUAAUAUAUUAUGUUUCCUCUGCAUCCUUCACUCAAAAUUUUAAGUUUUUCACCAUUUAUCACAACUGUUAUGGUUGAGUUAAUUUUAAGUUUCACACCUUUUCACUUUCCUGAGGUUUGUGUCAAUAUGUAGGAUGUUAUUCACGCAAAGGAUGGAGAAUGCAAUAAAGCUUUUUUAUAAUAAAUUGAUGUUGUAGUCUAACAUUUUUACUAAGAUUGUUGAAAAGCUUAACCAGACCUAAUGCA